AUGGUCGCGAGGCUGAGCCUUGGCAGCAGCCCAGCAGCCGCUGGAAGCCCUGCUCGUGCACCCCCUUUCCUCUCUCCCGAUCCUCUGCGCCACCACAACCCCAGAAACGAGCAGAUCGCAGCCCACGUUAGGGCAUCGAAGAACGCCGAAACGCCGAAGCAUGCGGACUCCCACAAGUCCGGGCUCACCAGCCUCGGCGAAACAGCCAUACUGGAGAUCGAGGGAAUGGACUUGAGCACAUACCAGAACCUGAAGCAUGCCUUCGAUAUCCUUGUAGCUGCAUAUCGAGCGCAGUGCGCCAACUUUGAGGCGAAGGAGCUGAGGUGGUCGAUGGAGAGGAAGGAGUCUCAGGCAGGAGAAGCGAACUUGAUGGAAGCGCUGCAGGCAGUUAGAGAUGCUCUUGAGGCUGAGACGAGGGCCCAUGAUACGGACCUGGAGACGCUGGAGGCUCUGACAAUCAGGAACGCGGAGUUGGAGGAGGAGAUCAGAUCCCUCAGGAUGCACUCGCAUGCUCCCCACGUGGGGGACGGACAUGUUUACUCAGAGACCAUCGAGUUGAACGGCCUGCGGUCGAUCUUGCGAGCUCCGCUGUCACCGACUCACGCCGACAGGAAGGAGCACCCCUCAAACACCCACGUGCUGGGGAAGCAGAGCUACUGCGCUGAUACCGACAGCUACUGUCUCCUCAAGUCCGAAACUCUCAUCACCCGGCAGGAGCUGCAGCAGAGCACGGAGCAUCUUGCACGCGAGCUUUACGAGCUACGACGGACCAACGCGGAUCUCUGCUGUGAGUUCCGAGGACGAGAGGAUGCGAAGGAGAAGCUGCUGCUUGAUGGGAAGGGAGGACGGGAAGACACCACGCAGCUGAGCCCAGCCGCCAUGAGCAAGCCGAGGCUUGUAGCGCGUCACUAG